AUGGUCUGCGAUAAAUGCCAACCAAAACUGUCCAAGUUAAUCGGCGUCGAUCCACUGCGGAAUAAGGCCCACAACAAACUCGGCGGCGUCACGAAGACCAAGGCUACCGGCUUGAAGAACAAGGCGCUUGGAAGUGACAAAAAAGCCGGUAUGGUUGGUGUGAAGUGCCGAGUAUGCAAGCAGAAUGUUCACCAGGUUGGCUCCAACUUCUGCCAAACAUGCGCCUACCAGAAGGGAAUUUGCGCAAUGUGCGGCAAGAAGAUGUACGAGACGUCAAUGUUGAAGCAAAGCGUUGUU